CCAUAUUUUCAUAUCUUAAUCUGAAAUUCUCCUUAUAUAUACCCUUUAAACUUAUAUCACCAAAUCACAUCAAAAACCCAUCCUUUAUUUCUUUUUUCCCAUUCUAAAUAUGGCAAGUUUGAUUAAGAAUAAUAAUCAUGUUUUCGUUUUAGUUAUAUUUCUGGGUCUAAUUGGGGCUUACUAUGGAAACAUUAAGGUGGGAAAUGGGCAAUGUAGUGGAGAUUUACAAGGGCUUAUAACACAAUGUUCAACAUUUGUUCAAAAACCAGGUCCAAUUAUGAACCCAUCUCAAACAUGUUGUAAUGUGUUGAACAACAUUGAUGUAGCAUGCAUGUGUAACCACAUUACACAGCAGGUGGAGCAGAUAAUUAGCAUGCCUAAAGCUAUGCAUUGUCUUCAGUCUUGUGGCAAGCCCUUGGCUCAUGGCUCUAAAUGUGGAAGUUAUACAGUUCCAUGAGCGAGGAAUGAGGAACAUAUAUGAUUUGCAGUUGUAUGCUGUCGCAUGAUACAAAUCUACCGUUGAAGAACAUGUUUUUAUGCUUAGGCUUCUUAUGAUUCAUUUAACUAGUUUGCUGGUGCUUCGCAUUUCCACCCUAGUUUGUUUUAGGUGUUUUGGGUCUUUAUUCUAGUCUGUUGUAGUUGUUGGGUUUUUACCCCUGUUUGUUGUUGGUGUUAAGUGGUGUAUGCAUUCCUUGUGGUGUA